AUCAAAGCAUUCUGUGAUUUUCUACCUUAAUCUAACGUGUUCUGAUUCCACACGUUAACAUAGUCAGUCUCCAGUAUUGUAUCAAGUAUUGUAAAUAUGUAUUUUGUACUAAAUUGCUUUGUGCUAUUGUCCCUUUGCUUUGACUUAGCGAGCAAACACUGUCAGUUGGGAAUUUGUACAGCAUAGCUGUAUAUUAUAUGGAGAUUAGCUUCAUUUGAAUUUCCUAGUGCAUUUUUACCCAGACCGAGGGCUGAUUUUGUCCCACAUCUCUUACACUGACAUUCCUUCAAGAGGGGAUCCCUUUGCAGUGGGUAUGGGCAGGAGGAACAGCUAUAGAAACAAAUAACUCAACAUACAUAUAGGCUGGUAAAUACUGUUUCAGGAUAUACUUGAACAAUGUGAACCUAUAUUUUAAAUACAGUUCUCUGGAGAAACACAUUGUGUUAGCUUCAUGUUUAAAAUUUGUAUUCAGAGAUGUGUAGUGGUGUCAAAUCUUUGUUUUAAAACUAUGGCUGGUUCUUUGCAGACUUCAAGUCAUCAGAAUGGAUUUUCAGGAGACAGGAAUGAGGUGCUGCGGUCCACCAUGGCUCAGAAGGCCAUAGAGUUGGGUCUGGAGCCCAGUGUGGUGGAAAGGACCAUCUUGGAGAAAAUCAGUAAGACAGGCUCCGGCUACUCCAGCCUGGAAGAACUCCUGGAGGAUGGUUUCAACAACACACCCCAAAGUGAUGCUGCUCAGGCAGAGAAUCAAGAUGAGGACCCACUUGAGAGUCUACGGAGGCUGCAGAGGGAGAGACAGUGCAAAAUAUGUAUGGACAGAGAUAUUGGUAUUGUCUUCAUUCCAUGUGGACAUCUGGUCAGCUGUAAGCAGUGCUCAGUGUCGCUCAUCAAGUGUCCAAUCUGCUGCGGAGCCAUAACACAGAAGAUCAAGACCUAUAACGCUUAAGGGACUCACAGACACCCGCCAAAUGUCAAUGCUGCUUUCUCACUAU